UAAAAAUACAACUGUUGUUUUAAAUAUUCAUGGUUGUCAUUACAAGUUAAAGUUAAAGAUAAGAUGGAUCUUGUUCAAGACUUAUUGAACAUAGUUGUUCCCGUUGUAUCGAUCUUCAUAUUCGCCAUCUUUUCACCGGUUAUUCUCGUUUAUAAGCUCGCGAACAAGUUCUUGAAGAGGCCUUUCGAUCAAAAGACUGAUUUGGUAGGGAAAGUAGUUCUUAUUACAGGAGCUUCUUCAGGCAUUGGAGAGCAUCUUGCUUAUGAGUAUGCCAAGGGAAGAGCUGAGUUGGUUUUGGUGGCUCGAAGAGAAGAUCGCCUUCGAUUGGUGGCUGAAAAAGCAAUGCAAUUGGGCUCGCCAAACGCGAUAAUUGUAUGUGGCGAUGUUUCAAAUCGUCGAGACUGCAAACAUGUUGUUGACAAAGCUAUGGAAACUUUUCCUAGAUUGGAUUAUGUAAUAAACAAUGCAGGAAUAGCUCCAAUUUCAUUGUUUGAAGACACUAUUGAUGAUGAUGUUGAAAAUCAUCCAAUUAUGAAUAUAAACUUUUGGGGAUCAGUUUACAUCACGCGUUUUGCUAUUCCUUAUCUGAGAAAGAGUAAAGGGAAGAUCGUCGUUAUAGCUUCUCUUGCCGGAUGUUAUCCAACGCCAACUUUAUCUAUUUAUACCGCGAGUAAGGCGGCUAUGAUUGGUUUCUACGAGGCACUAAGAAUGGAGAUUGGAUCGGAGAUAGGAAUAACAAUUGUGGCACCCGGUUUGGUAGAUUCCGAAAUUACACAAUCAAGUCAAUUUAAUAACAAGGUUAAAGUGGGAUUUGUUCCAUUGGAGACGACAGAAAGAUGCGCAAAAGCGAUUGUGAGAAGUGCUUAUCGUGGAGAGAGGUUCUUAAUGGAACCGUCGUGGAUCAAGUGGUUAUAUUUGUGGUACUUGAUUUGUCCCGAGCUAAUCGAACGGGCAAGUCGUCGCGCUAUUCUUGAAAGACAACGAGCUUUAUUAGAGAAGGAGUCAACUCAUGCUAAGGUUAAGUGAUAAUAAAUACAUAGGACGAUGAAAUAAAUAUUUAUACUAAGAUUGGAAGUUUACUGGUUGUUUUUAGUGUAAUAUGUUUAUCUUUUGAGCCUUUAUCCUUAAAAAAAUAUUGAUAUUGCGUGUUAGUUUUUUUU